CCGCUGCCGCCUCUCCUCCGCCCCGCACCCCCCGCCCCCAGGGUCCCCCGGAGCCCCCGCGCCCCCGGGGCCUGGCCGAGAUGCCGGGACCGAGCUCCACCGCCUUCAUCUUCGAGCUGCUGUGCCGAGGAGGGGUGCGGAGGCUGCACGAGAUGCAGGUCCACGGGCGGUCCCGGUUCGGGCCGCUCUGGAAGGCCCGGUUCGGGCCGGUGCUCACGGUGCACGUGGCCGACCCCGCGCUCGUGGCUCAGGUGCUGCGGCAGGAGGGGCCCGAGCCCCGGCGAGCCCUGAGCUGCCCCUGGAAGGAGCACCGGAGCCUCCGGGGGGUGCCCGGGGGGCUCCUCACCCUGGAGGGCGAGGCGUGGCGGGGGUCUCGGCGGGUGCUGGCGCGGGGGCUGCUCCGCCCGGGGGCUGCCGAGGCCUUCGCGGGGCCGGUGGCCGCCGUGGUGGCCGAGCUGGUGGCGCGGCUGCAGCGGCUGCGGCGGCAGCACCCGCGGGGGAUCGUCCCCGACAUCGGCACCGAGUUCAACCGCUUCGGCCUCGAGGCCAUCUCCUGGGUGCUGUUCUCGUCCCGCCUGGGCUGCCUGGGGGACACCGGCGAGGCCGCCGAGGAUGUCAUCCGCUGCGUGGGGGCGGUGCUGGCACUGACGCUGGUGACAAUGGCACUGCCCCGUCCCCUCCUGCGCCUCGUUCCUGCGCCCUGGGACGCCUUCUGCCACGCCUGGGACCAGCUCUUCGCCUUCGCCAAGGGACACGUGGACCGGCGCGUGGCCGAGGUGGCCGCGCGGGGGUCGCCGGCCGAGGGGGACACGUGUGUCACCGACCUGCUGGCCCGGGAGCACGUCCCCAUCAGCAGCAUCUACGGGAACGUCACCGAGCUGCUGCUGGCCGGGGUGGACACGGUGGCCAGCACGCUGGCCUGGAGCCUGUACGAGCUGGCGCGGAACCCGGGGGCGCAGGCGGCCCUGCACCGCGAGCUGCUGGCUGCCACUGCCACCAACAGGGACACCCGCGGUGACAGUGCCACCCCCGACAGGGCCACUGCUGCUGCCACCGCCACUGCGCUGGCACGGCUGCCGCUGCUCCGGGCUGUGGUGAAGGAGACCCUCAGGCUGUACCCUGUCAUCCCGGCCAAUGCCCGCGUUGUCCCCAACUGCGACAUCCGCGUCGGUGACUACCUGGUGCCACGCCAGACCCUCAUCACCCUCUGCCAUUACGCCACGUCCCGCGACAGCCGCUUCUUCCCAGCGCCCGACGCCUUCCGCCCGGAGCGGUGGCUGCGCCACGGGGACAGCGGGGACACGCCUGGGGACACGCCUGGGGACACGCCUGGGGACACUCCCGGGCACCCCCCCGGCCCCGGGCACCCCUUCGCCUCUCUGCCCUUCGGCCUCGGCCCUCGCAGCUGCGUCGGGCGCCGCUUGGCUGAGCUGCAGCUGCACAUGGCGCUGGCACAGAUCCUGCUGCGCUUCGAGGUGCGGCCGGAGCCUGGGGGGGGCCGCGUGCGCCCCAUGACCCGCACCCUGCUGGCCCCCGCCGCCCCCAUCAGCCUGCGCUUCCUCGAGCAGUGACAGCGGGGACAGCGGGGACAGCGGGGACAGCGGGGACAGCAGAGGCUUUGGAGACCCGGGGACAGCG